AUGAUCGGCAGUGCCUGUAGAACCGGGGUGGUGUUAGGAGCCAACCAGCCACGUUCCCCCAAAGUGAAGGCCAUCAAGUACACAUCAUCUGUUGUGAAACUCGUUGACGUGCUUUCCCUCCGAAAUGGACGGAUGAUCUGGGGAACAGCUCAGUGGUUUGGUUUGGGAAGUGACAGUGAACUGGAUCAACACCAGUGGCAACGUAAGAGCUGGAGACACUGUAGCCAGAGGUAUGGGAAGCUGAAAGCACAGUACCAGAGAGAUGCCGGAAUCCCCAAUCUUGAAUCCUCUUCAUUUUCAGCAGUGGAUUCCCCAGCUUCCUGUAAAAUUCCAAAGAUCAUUGAUCCUUUUGCACGGGGCCGUGUGUUUCGAUAUCCUGAUGUUGUGGAUCAACCUCUCACUCCUCACCCUGCCUCCCCUCCUCUAACUUCACUCAGGUCAUUUCGAAGCUUCCGAUCAGGAUAUAUGGGAAUUUCCCCCAGGAAGCGGGAAUCAGUCGCCCGAAUGAGUAUUCGAGCAGCCUCAGCCCUGAUAAGGGGUCGACCUGGAAUGAAAAGUUCUCGACACACAAGAGUCAAAAGAAGCUUUAUACAUCCGAGUUACUUUGAAGAAGAUACAAUCAAUGAUUCAGAAACUCUGGACUACUCGUUUUUUAGUAAGGUGGAUGUCCCAGAUGAAACAUACUCAAUGCUGGACGAUGUAUUUGAAUCUCCGCCGCUUUCUGCUUCCUGGCCUUUGCAGGACCUCCAGUUUGUUGAGAGGCUCCAACCAUCAUUGGAAGUUCAGAUGCGGUCCUCAAACUGUGAAACAGGGCACAGAAGGGGGAAACGCAUCGUGUCACAAGUCAAGCACUUUGCAUUUGAUAAGAGGAAGCGUCAGUAUGGCCUAGGGAUGGUUGGGAAAUGGCUGAAUCGCAGAUAUCGCCGGGCCUUAAGCCACAGUACCCAAACCAAACUACAAGACAUCAGGAGUCACAGACCUUAUUUCACCUACUGGAUCACGGUCGUUCAUAUUUUGAUCAGCUUGCUGUCGAUUUGUAUUUAUGGAAUUGCACCAAUGGGAUUUGCGCAACAUGUGAAAACACAACUCGUGUUGAGGAAUAAAGGGAUAUACGAGAGUGUGCAACACAUCCAGCAAGAGAACUUCUGGAUUGGACCUAGCUCGGUUGCUCUCAUUCAUCUUGGAGCAAAGUUUUCUCCCUGUUUACGGAGGGACCAAUCCAUCUCAAAACUCAUUGAGAAGGAGAGAAAUCAGGAGAGGAACUCUGGCUGUUGUGUUCAAAAUGAUAACUCUGGCUGUAUACAGACGUUGGAGGAAGAUUGUUCGGAAACACUUGCUACAUUUGUAAAAUGGCCGAACUUCCAGGCUCCCUUCCUGGAAUCCGCCAAUCAGAGCAGAUCAUCAGGAGCAGUCUGCCAUCAAGACCCAAGAACAUGUGAGGAGCCUGCCUCUGCGGAACCACACACCUGGGAGGAUGACAUUACUCAAUGGCCUAUUUGCACCUAUCAGCCAGCGAAGAAUCACACAGGGCUGAUACACCUGGACUGUGUUAUCAAAGGAAGACCUUGCUGCAUUGGGACAAAGGGCAGAUGUGAAAUCACCACCAGAGAGUACUGCCAGUUUAAGGAGGGAUAUUUUCAUGAGGAAGCAGUCUUGUGUUCACAGGUUCACUGUCUCGAUGAAGUGUGUGGGUUGUUGCCAUUCCUGAAUCCAGAUGUUCCAGAUCAAAUCUACAGGCUUUGGCUCUCCCUUUUUCUUCAUGCUGGGAUUAUCCAUUGCCUUGUCUCUGUGCUUUUCCAAAUGAGCAUUCUUCGGGACCUGGAGAAGUUGGCAGGUUGGCUGCGCAUUUCAAUCAUCUACAUCCUGAGUGGAAUCAUGGGCAACUUGGCGAGUGCGAUUUCCCUACCUUACAGAGCUGAGGUCGGCCCUGCAGGAUCCCAGUUUGGUUUGUUGGCCUGUCUCUUUGUAGAAUUGUUUCAGAGUUGGCAGAUUCUGGAGAAGCCAUGGAAAGCCUUGAUGAAGUUGAUCGGAAUUGUGCUUUUUCUCUUUGCCUUUGGCUUGUUGCCUUGGAUUGACAAUAUUGCACAUAUCUUUGGAUUCAUCAGUGGUUUCCUGCUAUCUUUUGCCUUCUUACCAUACAUUACCUUUGGUCAAAGUGAUAAAUGCAGAAAGAGAAUAAUGAUCAUUGUCUCCCUCCUGGUCUUUAUUGGACUUACUGCAUCUCUGGUGAUUUGGUUCUAUGUAUAUCCUAUUAACUGUCACUGGUGCGAGUACCUCACCUGCAUCCCAUUCACCAGCAAAUUCUGUGAAAAGUAUGACCUCGAUCAAAUCAUACACUGAGCAAGAAUCUAGUGGGUGUGUUGUUGGGAUAAAUAACAUUUGUGCAUUACUGGGGAUGGUGCUGUGCAUUGGGAAUGGAGCCAGCUAGGGGCUGUAAGUUUCCCUGAAGCACUGCCCGGUGUGAGUGAUAUUCGGGAGCUGAAUAAUAAUCAAAUGUUGGUGCGGUUAGACUUGGAUAAUUGGAAAAUGGGAUGUACUACCGUCUGUGUGACAGUUUCACAUGCUGAAUAUUUGAAAAACUCAUUCCAGUUCCUGAAUCAAUUAAUUACUCUGCUCGACAAAUACCCUACAUCAAAACGUUGAUAUCAGAUUUAUUUAUUCUUUUGCAACCAUUGAAUGUCUUUUCUUCUCAAACCAUCAAAUUAAUGUAACAAUAUGAAGCACCUGCAAUCGCAGGGAAAUUCCACAUCCUGAUAUUAUAAUCUUUUUUGAUGA